AUUUUAAUGUUCCUACAUUACAAUUUUUCUGCAGAUAGAACAAAAGCAUGCAAGGAAGUUAUGUCCAAGUUAACAUUAAUGAAAUAUAAAAAUGAGAAGCUCCAACUGAAGGACAUCCUGGAAAUCAGCUCAGGAAGUAUACAGGACCGGACUCCUCAGACACUAGGAGAUUUACCGUGGCAUUUUCUGAGGAAAGUAAUGGCUUUGAAUGUCACAGCCAGAAGCACAAGCCUUGUGCAUGUGACUCUUGGUGAGCAACCCGCUAAGGGGAACGAAGAACAGGGUAUUGAUGAAACAAUCUUCCUUCUCAGCAACAACGACAUGGAGGAUGGUGUGAACCCCCUGGAUGUGGUCUGUGCAGUCCUCCAUUGCUCAGACAGUUUCCUGCAGCAGGAGAUCCUGUCCAAAAUGGCCAUGUGCCAGUUCGCCCUCCCUCUUCUCCUCCCUGCCCUCGAUACCCCCAAGUGCACCCUCCUGCUGUGGGCCAUGAGGGACAUUGUGAAGAAGUGGAGGCCGUACUCCAUGGCAGAGAGCAGGGGCUUCAGAGAGGAGAGCCUGGUGCUCACCCAAAUGCCAACCAUCUCCUUUGUAAGACUGCAGCACUGCAACCUCUCCAAGUCCAAACUCCUCAAUGAGAUCCUCAGCCCUGCCCAGCAGCACCACGAUUUCUUUGUCCACAGAGACAUGGCAUCUGGGAAUGUCCCUCAGGCAAUCACAAAUGGGCUGGUUGAGAUUUCCUGGUAUUUCCCCGGGGGGAGGGAGACCCUGGAUGUUUUCCCAGAGCCCAUUGCAGUUACUAACCUGCGUGGAGAUGUUGCAUCGCACUGGCCACACUUUAGCUUCUUAACAGAGGUCUCCUCAGCAGUGUUCAUAUUUGCUGAAAGCAUUACUGAGAGAGAAUAUGGGCUGCUGUCGUCCCUGAGAGAAUCCACGGCCAAGUACUACUUCAUUCUCAACCACCAGGCCAGGCGUGCCCAGGAAACCCUGGGGUUCCUUAAGAAGUUAUCCCCAGUGCUGAAACUAAAAUCUUCACAUGUGCUGAUGAAAGAUGAGACCACAAAUAUAGCGACAUUUGUGAAAAAGCUCCAUACCACUAUAUUAGGCAUACUGAAAUCUGCUCCCAAGAGGCUGGCUAUCCAAGACAUGGCUGUGACAGCACGUGAACUAGGAAUCCACGUAGAUGAGGACCGUAAGGAAUGUCUGGACACAAGUAAGCACGCUGAUGAAAUCACCCAAAAAAUAAGGGAUGUUGCCAGGUACAAACAAGAAAUGCUGAGACUCCAAGGAGAUUUAUGGAGGAACUUAGCUAAGGUGGAAAAGGAAUUGUGCCGAAUGGCCAGACAAGGGGACACCCCUUCUGAGAAAUAUAGAUCUCAGCUGAAGGAAAAGAUGUUGGAGAUACGUAAACAGCAGAACACAUGUGAUCUUACUGAUGGUCUGACUAAAUUCAUUAGUGGAAUAGGACACCUCCCCCAAGUGGAAAAGCAGUAUUUCCUGAAAUGGGUGAAGUUCCAGCUGGAUUCAGUCGCAAGGGAGAAUCUUUCUCUAUUGAGGAACACAUACAAAGAGAAAUGUAAAACUUUAGAUGACCCCCAAAAGUUGGCUCAAUUAGAUAAAUUAAUAUCAUCAGCUUCCCUAGGAGUGGAGCAUUUCAUGCGUGAAUUGGGGCAGUUCUAUGAAGCUGAAUGUUCAAUGGUAAAGGAAAGGAAAAUUCAGAAACAUCAGAGGCAGUUCACCCAGCUCCCAGGCAUUGCAGCUGACCUGAUGCUGGAAGGGUUUCCCCUGGAGCUGCUCGAUGGAGAUGCCUCCAACAUCCCGCUGCAGUGGGUGACAGAUGUGCUGACUCAGCUCCACACCCGGCUGCGGGGAAGGUCCCGGAUGGUGGUGCUAACAGUGCUGGGAGUGCAGAGCACGGGGAAAUCCACCCUGCUCAACACCAUGUUCGGCCUGCAGUUUGCCGUGAGCAGUGGCCGAUGCACACGAGGGGCCUUCAUGUUGCUUAUUAAAAUCAGGGAGAAUUUAAAAGAGGAGCUGGGCUGUGAUUUCAUCCUGGUGAUAGACACUGAAGGCUUGAAAGCCCCUGAACUGGCCACGCUGGAGGAUAGCUACCAACACGACAAUGAGCUGGCCACGCUGGUGAUUGGGCUGAGUGACAUCACCAUCGUGAACAUGGCCAUGGAGAAUGCCACGGAGAUGAAGGACGUCCUGCAAAUCGCGGUGCAUGCAUUUCUCAGGAUGGGGGAAAUAGGGGUGAAACCCAACUGCCAGUUUGUGCAUCAGAACGUCAGCGACGUGUCUGCGCACGAACAAAACCUGAGGGACAGGAAACGCCUCCUGGAGCAGCUGAACGAAAUGAUCAAAGCCGCAGCAAAGAUGGAAAAAUUAAACAAGGAAAUAACGUUCUCUGACAUAAUGGACUACGAUGCAGAGAAGCACAACUGGUACGUCCCUGGGCUGUGGCACGGUGUCCCCCCCAUGGCUCCAGUAAACACGGGAUACAGUGAAAAGGUGUUUGAGUUCAAGAAAUACCUUUUUGAAUUCAUAAGGAACCGUUCACGUACAAGAAAGGCCAAGGAUGUCCCCCAGUUUAUCAAAUGGGUGGAAAGCCUGUGGAGUGCUGUGAAACAUGAGAACUUCAUCUUCAGCUUCAGAAACAGCCUCGUGGCUGAAGCCUACAAUCAGCUGUGCAUGCAGUAUGCCGAGUGGGAGUGGGAUUUCCGCAAGGAGGUGCACCUCUGGGUAACUGAGAAGGAAACAGCAAUUCAAAACCUUUCUCCUACCGAACUAGAAGCUGAUGACUUCCAGCAUGCAAUGCAACAGAAGCUUCUUUGCGGAGAAGAGAAAAUUCUGGAGUCUUUAAGACAGUAUUUUGAAAGUGGAGCCGCAAACCUGCCUCUGAUAGAAAAGUAUAGAGAAGAUUUCAUCAGAAGUGCUAAGGGCCUGAAGAAUGAACUAGAGAGUUAUUCAUUUAGCAAAUGUAAGGAAGCCGUUCAUAUUAAAAAAGGCCAGCACAAAAUCGAAUUCAUCCGGGGUGAGUACCUGAAAGUAAUUGAAGAGAAAGUGGACAAGCUUUUGGACGACUGCAGAAGAAAACAAAGGAAACUGCAAGAUAAAGAAUUGGAAGAAGAAUUUGAGAAAAUGUGGAAAGAAACGCUGCUUGAAUUAUCUCCCAUUCGUUUAAAGAAACGGCAAGUCCAUGAAGAGAUGGACCUCCAGCUGAGAACAGACCUUGGUAAGAGAAGAGGUCCAGUCAAUCAGAAAAUACAGAGAGCUAGAAGCUUGUUGAAUUAUAACAUUCAAUCUUUCCAAAUGCGAAAUGAAUAUUUAGACUCCUCUUGGCAUCAUCGUGUUACAGAUUAUAUAUACAAUGAACGGUCACAGAAAACAGGAGAAGUUGCAAGCUCCUUGCUGAGCCGAUGUAGUGACUACAUUCAGGGAAGGGUCGCUUCCAAAGCAGACUAUGAUAAAACCUACUGCGGAGAGUUGUUGCAUAUGAUCAAUGAAAGGCUUCAACAAAACGAUGUUCAGAAACUUCAUACUUCUGCCCACUUUGAAGUAGACCUGAAGCUUCACAUUUUGGGGGAAGCAUCUCGAGCAUUUCAGAAGAUGCAUGAAGAUUUUAUCAAGGAAAAUGACGCUCAGCAACGUCUGGAGAAGCUGAAACCUCAAUAUUUCUCUAUAUUUAGAGACCAUUACUUGGAAAAAGAUGCCUGGCAAGAUAGGGCCAGGGAUUUCUGCCAUCAGUGUCUCAAACCUGCCAUCAUGGAUUAUGUGAAUAAAAGACUUGGUCUGGAAAUAGUAGAUGAUUUUCUUAGCAGUGGACUGUCUAGGGAAUAUGCCAGCCGGAGCUUUUUCCAGUUCACAGUGCUGGAAAAGCUGUUAGAAGAUGGCAACUUUGACAAGUAUGUAGAGUACAUUAGUAAUUAUGAAAAGUUUGUAAAAGAUUGGAUAUGGACACACAUUUUAGAUCACUAUGGAGAGAAUGAAGAUUUAGAUAAACUGGAGAAAGGUAUUUUAUCCUCCAUUAUAAAGAAAGUCGGGGAUGCUCUGGAGCCCACCAAACUUGAAACGGCCAAUACUAUCUCAGCCUUUUUAGAAAACUUUUGCAAAAUGUUAAAGAAGGAUCUGGUCAUUUCCAAAGACAGCUUAGUCGGGAUUCAGUUUAAGAACACAGCUAAUCCAGAUCAGUUUUCUGAUUUUAUUCAAUCCUUUCUUCCUGGUCUGCAACAACAAGUACUAUCUGAGUUGAAAGGUUUGGAUGUUAGCUCAAAGCUCUGCAAGCUCCCCGUGAAGCCCCAGGAGGAAAUCUUUAAGCGAGUGUUUGGCUGUGGGAAUCAGUGUCCGUUCUGCAAGGUCCCCUGUGAAGCAGGAGGAGCGGCUCAUGAGCAGCAUUUUGCAUCAGUUCAUCGUCCUCAGGGGCUUGGGAGGUACCGUUAUGUUGCAACAGAAGAUCUCACGUGUGCCAUAUGUUCUUCUGAUGUGGUUUCCAACAAACAGUUUAAAAAUUCAGACACAGAAUGGAAAUAUCAUCCUUACAAAGAUUAUCAUCAGUAUUAUCCUGAUUGGCUCAUCCAGCCAGAUCCCAGCAUCGAUGCUUCUGAUUACUGGAAAUAUGUUUUUAAAGAGUUCAAUCAAGAGUUUGCUGAGAGAUAUGGUGCUAAACCAGCUGAUCUCCCACCUGACUGGCAAGGAAUUACAUAAGAGCAGGCCUUGGGCAGCCUAAGAGAGCUUUUCAAUAUGAAAUAAAAACAGUCUACGGAAGUGCAAUAUAUUCGUGAUUAACGAGGAAAAUGAGAAGUCUUUUGAAAAAGCACACUUUUUCCCAUUAAUGCUGUUAGUUCCCAGUAGGACCCCUUCAUCCAGGGCAGAACCUGUCUUCUCUAUCUUCUGCUUGUUCAGCCUUUAGCUUGAAGACCGGAAAGGCUUUCCAGGCGGUGCUGAGCUACCUUUCUUCCGCUCCCCAAACCCUGACCACCGCUGUGAUUUCACUCUCUGCCAUGCUGGUACUUCAUAGACCUGCGGGAGUUCCUCCUUCAGUUGUCUCCAGACACCAGUGAUUCUCAGCCAGGAGGUCGCAGCACCCUGGGGUGCACAAGAUCCUUGUCUCGGUGCAGUGAAAAACAAGCCGUGUUCGGUGUGCAAACACCCACGUGAUUUGCUACCUAAACCCGGAGUUUUUAAACACAAAGCUAUCGUGUCCAAAGCAUCCCCACCUGGCGUGCUCUCUCUGAGCGUUUUCAACAGAAGAACUGCUCUCUUACCUCCCAACAGCGAUCAAUGAGUGAAAGCUCAGAGGUGGUAUCUUCCAAGGAGCGCAUUGAGUCUAACAAGGCAAGCCUUGAGUCUCAAAGCGCAUUUCUACCCAUCCUUGCAUGCUCGCCUGAACUUAAUGCGCUUUUGCCCAGGCACAUUAAGGCAAUUGAAAAAAACAAAAACAAAAGAACAAAAAUCCCCAAAAGAGCAGUAGACCUAUAUGUUGGCUUGUCUUUCACAAUAGAUCUUUCAAGUUAAACAUUUUCUGCCCAGAAAGUAGCAGGCAUUCAUGCUCUGUGCCCUUAAUUUCCUCCAUCAUCAAGCAGCUACUAGUAAAAUAUUAUUGUAAUGACUAGAAUCACCUGGUGGAAAAUACUGAAGAAGUCAAGCUGUUUCUUUUUUUCAUUGUUAUGAAUUUGCCUUCAUGGUUGGGGUUUGGGGAAAGCAAAAAAGUUAAGGUUAUUUGACAGAUGAAGGAAUGAUUUUUUUUCUUUCAAUUGGCCUUGCAAAGGACCAGGAUGCUACAAAUAUGGAAAGCAGCAGGUACCAGUUUCUAUUAGUGAACUAAUCUUUUUGUGUAUCUCUAGUGCUGUUGAUAAUUUCUCCCUCUCCAAGGCAAAUAUGUUUCUAAAAUAGCAACAAGAAUUCAAUAAAAUUUCUUAAUCAAAACCACAGAAAAAGGUGAUUUCUUACAGUGUUCAACCAUAGCUUCUUAGGGUAAAAUUCUCAAGGACAGAGCUGUUUUCAGGAUCAGGGACCAGUUUAAGACAAGGGAGGGUCGCAGAGUCUGCAGUGUAAGGGAUGUGCCUGCUCCACGCGGAGGAGAGGUUGCUUUGCACCUGUAUUUAUGCAGCUAGAGGCACUCUUUCCAAAUUCCACGUUCGGUGUUGACACGUGUGCAGCUGGGGUUUGUAACCAUUCGGCUGGAAACCAAGACACAGCUUCCAACUAUCACCAGGGUUAGAGUCUGGAACAGCCUUUGAUUUGGAGAAGGAGUCUGAACAUGCUUUCCAUUGGAUCUAGAUUGGCUUACGUAAGGGGUUAUAUGACAUAGUUUCCCAUGGUGCUGUGGGACAGGAUCUGAUGGACUGAGGACCUUACAAAGCCCAGUUGUCUCUAUCGACCACCAGCUGCCUCCUCGAUGCUCAUCACUCUUCUACUAACUUCACGAAGGCUGAGUCUCUCACAGGAUUUUCCGGGUACCGUUCAUGUCGGCGAUUGCUGGGGAUUCCCAUGAGAAGACCAUUACACCCUUCCCCUCCCCCGUCCAUGUGCAGAAAGCAUUUGAGAACUGCAAAGGUGACUGCGGGGCAACCACAGGAUUUCAGUAGGCAGAGGGGCUUCUGUAGAGGCCAACUAGACCUGUGCAAAAUUUUGGCAGCCGUUUCAUUUCGGAGCUGUUUCAGGCCAUGUCAGCACCCAAAACACCGAAUCCAAAAUGAAACAGAAGGCUCCAAAACUUCUCCGCAAUGAAACGAGGCAUCCGAAAUGUUUCAGAAAAUUUUGGAGUUCCAGGGCUGGGCUUGCAGGGGAACAGUUGUAUGCUGGUGCCCUGCCACGUGACUUGGCUCCACAGGGAGCAGAGCCAUGCUGGGGUCUCUCUUCUGCCACUGGCCUC